AUGGUAAACUCAAACAUCAGCUUUUUCAAUGGAUUUGUCCUGUUGGGCUUCUCUGGUCAUCCUUUGCUAGAGAUGAUCCUCUUUGUUAUCAUUGUGAUUUUCUACUUGCUGACUUUACUUGGCAAUAUGGCCAUCAUUAUUUUAGCUUCUCUGGAUUCCAGACUCCACACUCCUAUGUACUUCUUCCUUAGUCAUUUGUCUUUCAUGGACCUCUGCUACACCACAAGUACAGUUCCCCAGCUGUUGUUCAAUUUGAAGGGCCCAGUGAAGAAGAUCACUUAUGUUGGUUGUGUUGGUCAACUCUAUGUGGCCUUGGCAAUGGGCUCCACAGAAUGCAUCCUCCUUGCAGUUAUGGCUAUUGACCGCUAUGCUGCUAUAUGCAAGCCUCUGCACUAUGCCAUUAUCAUGCAUCCACGCUUCUGUUUGCAAUUAGCAGCCAUGACCUGGCUGACUGGUUUGACUAAUUCUUUAGUGCAAACUGUGCUCAUCACUCAGGUUCCCCUGUGUGGACAGAAUAUCAUAGACCAUGUAUUCUGUGAAGUGCCAGUUCUCCUCAAACUGUCCUGUGUAGAUACCACCGCCAAUCAGAUGGAGCUCUUCCUGGUCAGUGCAUUUUUACUCCUGGUGCCCCUGUCUCUCAUUCUUAUUUCCUAUGGCUUCAUUGCACAUGCUGUGUGGAAGAUCAGUGCAUCUGAAGGACGCCAGAAAGCUCUGGGGACUUGCACUUCCCACUUGGUGGUGGUGUUCCUUUUCUACGGCACUGCUACUGCCAUGUAUCUGAAACCCACUCCUACCACUUCCCAGAACCAGGACAAGUUCAUGGCUUUAUUCUAUGGUGUUGUCACUCCAACUCUAAAUCCUUUCAUCUACACACUACGAAAUAAAGAUAUGAAAGGUGCACUGAGGAAGAUGAAGGGAAAGAGUAAAGAAAAAGGCUAA